UUUUAAAUAAACAUUUUCUAUAAAAACCACCGUUCUAGUACUGACGCACUUUGAUGCGGAUCUAAUUUUAGUCAUUUUCAUCUUACGGCUCAUUCUAAGAGGUUCAGCGUUACUCGAACAAGAAAGAGAUGUUGAAGAUAUUAGUGAUUGUUGUUUUCGCGAAUGUCGUUUUGGGGUGUAAAUGGGUGUGUAUCGAUGAUAAACACAGAAUCAUGAGAGAAUAUAUUGGUAGUGAACAGUUUGAGCUGGAUUUUCAGAAGCAUGAAAUAUUCAUUCCCCAGACAGAUAAGAAAAUGCAUAUUGUGGAUAGAGGAAGAAGAUUAACGGAUAAACCAAGUCUGCCAGAAAAUGGUCCCCGAUUACGAAUGCCUGCCUUAUUUGUAGAACCAAAAGAAAAUGGUCCCCGAUUACGAAUGCCUGCGUUUUCCGUAGAACCAAAAGGUAAAACACAAGGGAAAGAGGUAUGCUCAUCUGAAGAAUUUCAAAAGAAUAUGAAAGCAAUGUCUAAGAAAGUGAAGUGUAAGCCCAGAGCAACAAUUGUAGACAUCAAGUACGAAGGAGGUAAGGUACUCCCAGAAAAAAUAAGUACUAAACUGUGUUCGGGCGGCUGUUCUGGUACAAAAACGUGCCUAUCAGUAGAAAAGAAAAAUAUUUCAAUGGCUGUAGCAGUUCUUGUUUCUGGAAACUAUCAAUGUUCCCGUGUCGUGAUACCUCAAGACAUCAAAUGUAAAUGUGGAUGUGAUAAAGAGAACAUAAAGUGUUUGCCAAGUCAAGUUUUCGAUAAGAAAUUUUGCAAAUGUAAAUGCAUCAACGAAAAGGAGCAUCAUCUUUGUCAGAAGAAGAUUGCAAAUCAUGGCAAAUUUGUCUGGAAUAGAGACAAAUGUUUGUGUGAAUGCAAAUUUCAAUACAUUUGUACUACUGGGACAGAAUGGGAUAGAAACCAGUGUAGAUGUACCAAAAACAAAAAAGAAUCAUAGCUGCCAUCAUAUAUUGAGUAGCAAAAUUUAUUCCCAGUAUUAGAUUUUUUCCUGAACACAUACAUUCUUUUAUUAAUAUAACCUUCUAAUUUAAAAUAAAAAAACUCAAAAUAUCA